GCUGGGUCUCCUGGAGGUGGAGGGGCUCUGGAUCCCACCCUGCGAGGCCGGAUUCGCCUUCCUCCCCUAGCUGUGAGGUGUUUUUCCCGCGGCGGCGUCCCCUCACCCGUUUACCCCUGGGCAGGUAGAUACUGAUCCAAGAGAGAGGCCUAAUGAUUUCCCCUUAACCACCAGGAAAUGAUGGUUCUAGAAUCAAAUCCUCAAAUUUCCCAGAUUUUCUCAUCCUUUCUAUGAGUUUUACCAUCUGGACUUUUUACCAACAAUUGUUUAUCAGUUAGUAAUAGAGAAGAAUCAUUAACUAGGAGAAAAUGUCAAAUCUAAAAUUGAAGGAGGCAGCCCUCAUCUACCUUGACAGAAGUGGAGGUCUCCAAAAGUUUAUAGAUGAUUGCAAGCAUUACAAUGAUUCAAAACAAAGUUAUGCUGUCUAUCGUUUUAAUAUUUUAAUAAAUCCCUCUGAUGUUGUUGAAUUAGAUGCUGAGCUUGGAAAUAACAUUUUACACCAGCCUUUGAAAGCUGCUCAAAUUUUUCAAUCAGUCUGUUUUAUUGCUGUUAAGACUCUCUCAUUAAUUGGACAAUUACAGACUGAAACUCAAAUUAAUAUAGUGCUGAAAUUAACACAUUUACCUCCUCUGCCAAGUUAUGGUCUUGAUCUUUGUGAGUUUCCACUUGAUUAUACAUCUCAGAGAUAUUAUAUGAUGCAAGGAAUUGUGAUUGCAAUGACGACAGUAACCAAGUACACACAAGGUGCAAGAUUUCUUUGUUCAGAUGAAGCUUGCCCUCUUUCAAAAGGAUUUCAGUAUAUAAGAGUGCAUGUGCCUGGUGCUACAGAAUCUGCUACAAUAAGAAAUGACUUUUUGUGUGAUCUAUGUGCCUCUUCACUUCAAGAAGACAGAAAAUUUAGAGUACUUGGUGAUAAACAGAUAGUUGAAAUAAUUGCCACAAAGGCACUUCAUGCUUUUCAAGGAUUUUCCAACAACCAGCCAUUUAGGUUUCAAUCUCUUACAAUUUUCCUAAGAGAUGAAUUAGUGAACAAAAUGAAUAUAGGAAAUGAGUAUAAAAUUAUUGGAAUCCCAACCUGUGUAAAAACCUCACAAACUGCUGUGUGUAUAGAAGCAAAUAGCAUCACUUUUUGCAAUCCAAAAGUUCCCUCAGGAGUUAGUGACAACUUCAGAUGUCUCCUCUCCUUGACUUCUAGCUCAUGCUGGAAGUUUACAGCAAUACUUGCAAAUAUCUUUGCAACACAAAUUGUUCCUCCUGGGACUUAUAAUUUGCUCAAACUCUGUUUGUUGAUGAGUCUAGUACAGACAAGUGAUCGAAACAAGGAACAAGAUUGUCUGGAUAUUUUAAUUAUAACAAGUGAUACAUUAAUUAUAGACAGGCUUUUGAAUUUUAGCAUAAACCUUGUUCCCCGUGGUAUACGCCAUCUAGCCUCUACUGAAAUCUUUCCUACUCUAUCCAGGAAUAAAUAUGGAACUGGAGCAGUUAGCAUUCAAGCUGGCAGUGCUUUGCUAGCUAAAGGUGGUAUUUGCUUUAUAGGAGACUUGGCUUCGCACAAAAAAGAUAAACUUGAACAGCUUCAAUCAGUUCUGGAGAGCAGAAGCAUUAGAGUAUACAUCCCAGGGAAGAAGUUUGGGGAUGAUAUUGAUCAACAAAUGACCUUUCCAGUUCAGUGCAGUUUUUGGUCUUUUGUUGAUAUGGAUUCAUCUUUAAGAAGAAAUGCACAGAAAACCAAUACUCUAAUUGGUCAGAUGGAUUGCAGUUUGAUUCCAGCUAACCUGGUAGAGGCAUUUGGAUUAUUAAUUAACUGCAGUGAAUCAUCUUCUUGCCAUCCACUUUUGCCUACCGUGCAACAUACUUUAAAGAAAGCCAUUGAUCCUGAAGGGUUGCUUUAUGUAGCUUCUAAACAGUUCACAACUGAAGAUUUUGAAAAGCUACUGGCUUUUGCAAAGAAUUUGAAUGUAGAAUUCAGCUUGGAAGCAGAAAGAAUGAUUCAUGGCUAUUACCUAGCAAGUCGCAGAAUCAGAACAGAUUCUGUAUAUGGAUCAAAACUGUCAGCAUCUGCAUUAAGAUAUUUAGUUUCCCUAUCUGAAGCACAUGCUCGACUGAACUUAAGGAAUAAAGUGCUCAAAGAAGAUGUGCUAAUUGCAGCCUUAUUAUUUGAAACAUCUCUCACAUUGAAAUACGGGACCUCCAUAUUUUGUGUUGCUCCAAAUGCACUAUUUCCAUUUGAUCUGUUUAACGAAGAAUAUUUAGAGCAAAGGGAUCGCUACCUGACCCAGUGCCAACAGCAGCUCCAACAGUUUAUUGCCACAUACGGACCUGGGACAGCUGUUUUCUCUAGUGAUGAAUAAGGAAUUCGAGGACAUAUUUUUUUCUUCACUCCUAUUUAAGCAGUUUUUAAAAUAAUGCUUCAGUUAUUACAGGAUAGUAUUAGAAUUCCAUAUCCAAAAAUGUAAAAUAGGCUGGCGCCGUGGCUCAAUAGGCGAAUCCUCCACCUGGGGCGCCGGCACACGGGGUUCUAGUCCUGGUUGCCCCUCUUCCAGUCCAGCUCUCUGCUGUGGCCCGGGAGUGCAGUGGAGGAUGGCCCAGGUCCUUGGGCCCUGCACCCGCAUGGGAGACCAGGAGAAAGCACCUGGCUCCUGGCUUUGGAUCAGCGCGAUGCGCUGGCAGCAGCGGCCAUUGGAGGGUGAACCAAUGGAAGGAAGACCUUUCUCUCUGUCUCUCUCGCUCAUUGUCCACCCUGCCUUUCAAAAAAAAAAAAAAAAAAGUAAAAUAUAGUUCCCUCAAGACUAAUUGCUAAUGAGAUGCUAUUUCUAAUCUCUAAAACCCAUCAAAUUUUAAAAUAGAGGGACAAUUCAGUGACAAAGUUGCUACGGGCAUCCCAGAGUACCUGGGUUUGAUAUUCAGCUUUGGCCCAUGAGGAUACACCCUGGCAGUGGCCAUCAGGUGAUGGUUCAAGUGGUUGGAUGUCUGCUACCUACAUAGGUGACCUGGACUGAGUUCCCACUCCUCUCCAUUGUGGGCAUAAUUCCAGCAGGUGGAAGCUUUAUCUAGCUCCAGUAAAAAACAAAAAUUUAAAAACCGCUUUUGGUAAGAUCAAUACACUGGUGAUUAAGACAAAAAAUAAUGUUGCAACAUAAAAAAUAACUUAGGUAGUUCACUCUAUUUGUCACAAGAUGGCAAUAACAUUUUCUACAAACUUAAUUUAAACCAUUUUUUCUUAUACUGGUGAACUUGCCAAACUGAAAAGUAAUGUUUUAAGAUUUAUUUAUAGGCAAUGACAGAAAAGGAGACAAACAUCUUCUAUCUGCUGGUUCACUCCCCACAGGGCCAUAAUAGCCAGGCCACAACCAGGAGCCCACAACUCCCAUGUGGGUGGCAGGGACCCACGUACUCAGACCAUCAUCACCUGCUGCCUUCCAAGGCACAUUAGCAGGGAGCUAGAUCCCAAACUACCCAGGUCUUCAACCAGCACUGAUAUGGGAUGUGUCCUAAGGGCAACUUAAAUGCCACAAUGCCUCCUUUUAAGUAAUUUAUAACCUGAAGCUUCAAAUUUAAAGCCUUUAUUACUACUGGUACGUAUGUAGUUUUAGAAGCCAUAAAUAUGGAGUCAAAAAAAUCUUUGGAAAUCUCUUAUUUAACAACCAAGUUACGUUUAAAAAUUUAGAUGGAAUCAAGGAGCCCAUCAAUUAUCUAUAUAUUCUGUGUAAGUAAAUUUGUAAAUUGGCUCUUCAACGGUAAUUGUUAGGUUACAAGGUUCCAAAGGGAAAGGAAAAACUUCCAAGCCCAUACCAUCAAAACAUAUCUACCUCAGUUCUCAUUUUUCAAAACUUAAUAUUUACAGAAAAGCAAGACAAUACAAAAUCUGCUAGCUUAUUAGCUGGGGUAGUACCAUGUAUUGUUUCUUUUAACAUUGGUAUUCACAGAGCUUCCUUAUUUUUAGCUUUUUAUUUCAGAAUAGCUUUCUUACCCAGACAGCUCUCUCCACAGGAUCUUGAGAAGUCAUUCACUAUUAUUAAAAGGCAGUAUUCACCAAAUAUAUUUUUAUAUAUUAUAAUCCUGUAUUGUUAAGACCUUUAUUCUGUGCUUUUGGAUAUAUUAUAUCUCAAAACAUUUCUGGCUUUAUAGGGAGGGCACAAGAACUUUUCAACUUAGGACUCCAUACAGAUUUAGCUAAACUUAAGUUGUAACUCCUGCAGGAAUUCAGUUGUUUUAGAACUCUACUGUCUAAGCUUUAGUCCUGGAAAGACCAGUCUGCCUAAUCCCCACUUUCUGUAAUGUGGCAUAUUAUUUUGUUCACAAAGAUAUGUCAAAUGAAGAAUUAAAUUGAAAAUAAAAUCAGUAAGUCACAAAAAGGUGGACUGUUACUGUAAUGGGGAAUUUGAUUACUAAGCACAGAAGGAGCUCCAAUGUAAGGAAGAGAUUCCAAUCACCUG